GGUUAUAUGAUUUUGGUAUUGCUUUGCUAUGGAACAAGUUUUUGGCUUCUUCAAAUUUUGUAUUCGGUAAGAUUGGUUAUUAUAUCUUUUUAAUAGAUAAACCAUAUAUAAAUAUAUAAACUGACGACGACGAUAAUUUCGAAGUAUACAGUCACAAGCAAAAGUGAAAUUCACAAUCCAAGCAUAUUGUGGGAGUGAGAUAUUUUAUAGGUUGAAAUGUAUUAUAAAUCGCGUCAUGGGAUUAGCAAGUGGACUGUGAAAUCGUGAGCUAUAUAUUAGCCAUAUAUUAUAUGUAUUAGGAGACGUCUUUAUCGUCUGAGUCGACUUAAUCAAGUCGUCUAAUAUAAAUAAUUUACUAUUAAAUGGUAUGGUCAUUCCAAAAGCUUAUGAUUCAAGCUGAUAAUGAACACUUUAGCUUAUGAUUCAAGCUGAUAAUGAGCACUACUUGAAGCAGAAAUUUGCGAGUUUGACAAAUCCAUUCGAGCGCGACGUGGCAGCUAACUGUGACGUGAGUGAUGAUGGUUCGCUACCUAAGGUAUGCACAUGUGAUGUCCCUGUAGUUGUGCUAACAGUAAUAUAAUCUCUGAUUUAGAGGGUGUAAAACUCGAUAUGACGAUUUUAGAAUCCCGUGUAUUAACUCAACAAGAGUUAAGUCCGACGAUAUCAACUCAAUUCGUGUUAAAUUAAACAGAAGUGUCUGUAUACUCAAUGCAGGAAAUUCAAUACAUUAAGACAAAGUUAUUAUCUCUUGAGCGCGGUGGAGCCCAUAAUGACCUUGCGAACAAAGUCGUGGAUUAAUUAAUGCAUUUAAUGAAAUCGCUAACUAUAGCCCAGACAAUGUAAUCUUUUUAAAAGUCAUUUUACAGCAAGUUUUCAAAAUUUUGGUUUAGUGUGUUUUAUAAAAAAGGAGACCUUCAGAAAUCAACAAUUGCUAUAAUUUGAAUGCCUGGAGAACUUUGCUAAGCCCACGAGUGUUUAAUAUAACAUGUCAUUAUGCAUGGCAGAUUGUUUAAUUUAAUCAAACGAUUUUCCCAACAUGUUAAAAAAAUAUUAAUUAAUAUUUGUUCAUUAAUUUAACGCAGCGUGUGAGCCUUAAUACGAGUGUCAUAAUUGUUCAUCAAAAGUAAUGUAGGAUGUCAAGCACCGCGGUGUCCUUCAACGUGGCCUCCAUUCCUCUCAACACAAACUACCGCGCGCUUGUGCAUAUCGCGCACUGCUUUUCUGGUGAUUGCAGGCUGCUCACGUAAGGCAUUAAUAAAUUGUUCGAUUAUUUUCUGCCGUAAAUUCUCCAUAUUUCGAGGGGGAGUCGAAAACACUUUAUCCUUCAGAUAUUCCCACAUAAAAAAGUCGCAUGGAGUCAAGUCUAGUGACCGAGGUGGCCAUUCAACAUCAUGACCUAAUCCUACAACGCAAUUAUUCCCGAACACUUCUUUCAGGCUGUCCCUUACUUGCACGAGACGGUGAACUGGGGCACUUUCCUGCACACGAAACAAUCCCUCCCAAUACUAGUUGUUAAAAUUCGAGUUGGAGGAAAACAAAUUCUGAUUAAGCUGAUCUUUGUUUUCGAAUAAAAGACCUUCACUAAACUCGUAUGUAUUUUGAUAUAUUAUUAAAAUAAACGUCAUAAACUAACAUUUCACAGUCACGUUGUUUUUCUCUAGUUGCACUAUCCCGUGACCCUCAACCGGAGGUUGCUCAAUCUAAGAAUAAGGGAGGUUUGUGAAACUCUGUCUCACCCUCCCCUAAAAUAUGAAUGUUCCUUAUAUUUUUAUUAAAUCUAAACUUAAGGUGGCUCCCUACAGUUUUUAAAAUAUGACAAAAUUGUGAUUUAGAUUUAAUUUUUUGAAGAGAGGUUUCUGAUUAGUUUCUAUUCACAUAUAUUGAGCAAUCUUCUAAGAGUUGAAAAUUGUUCACAAAAAUGACGUCAUAACCGUUGCUAUGGUAACAAUGACGUUUCAAUAUGGCUGACAUUUUACCUCUUAACACAUUUUACUCAAAAAAAGGCCGGUUACUCCCAUUCAUUUACAAUAAGAUAGUAAAAAAACACGGGAAUAAUUAGUAAACUUAGGUACUGUAUUGAUCUGAAUAUGCUAAAGCAGGUUUACUAUAGUUUAAUUUUUCCGUAUAUUAAUUAUGGGUUAAUGAGUUGGGGUAAUACGUAUGCUACAAAAUUAAAAAAGUUAAAAUCGUGCCAAAAUAAAUGUAUCAGGAAAAUAUUUUUUAUAGGGAAUUAUGAAGAUGCCUCAGCAUACUAUGACCUACUGGGUAUACUUAAAAUUGAUAAUGUUUUUAAACUAAAAAUAGCUGUUUUCACCUUUAAAAUUAUUAAUAUGAAUGAAAAAGUACCUACAAUACUCUCUGAUAUCAUUGUUGCCGCAUCAUUCCGUCAUUCACACUAUACCAGAUUUGUUAGUAACUAUAAUAUUAUUAGACCAAAGGUAAGAACUAAUUAUGGAAUUCAAACGUUCGCAUUCACUUCAUCAAAAAUUUGGGAAAGUAUAGAAACUAGUCUUAAAGAGCCAUACUCGAUACUUCAAUUUAAGAAGAAAUAUAGUCAAAUCUUAUUAAUUUCACAAUAGUAUUACAAAAUCUCUCUUUCUAAAGCCAGGAUGACACAUGGUCUGUGACAUUUACAUAAUUUUUUUUGAAUUCAUUACAAACUGUAGGCAGUGCCCAACUCGAAAGCUUCCAGCUACUUUGGACACUGCACAAGACUCGCUUUCUAUAAAAAUUCACUUUCUCUUUAUUAUAUAUAUAACUAUUUAUGUAAAUUUAAUGUAAUAUGUCAAUUGUAAGCUUGUUUUUUCAAUAAAUCUGUAAAUCUCUUUUGUCCCAGGUCUGACCCAGAAUCUUUGAGAGAUUUGGCAUUCCUUUGCUUUCCAAUAAUUUCACGUUGGACUCCUACUUGUGCAUGGGAAACAUUCCACUGUCCAAGACCAAGAUUUCAGUCCCUUCUUGCUUAAACUUCUCCAGCUCCAACAUAUCACUCCCCGUCUUCAUCAUAUUGUCAACAUAUGUGUUUUCUCUUAACGCUCCAACGGCUGUCUCAUACUCAGCUGGCUGUCGAUCUAGAUGGUAUUGCAUCGUUGCUCCCAACAUGAAUAAGUUUGCCUCCAUCCAAAAUGGUACUCUUGUGAAUCGAAGAUGUUCCUCUUUACCAUUGAUGUUAAACAGAAAUCUAAAGGCAUCCCGGUCUUUCUCCUUAAUACCAACUUGCAGAAAUCCCUUCUGAAUAUCUAUCAAAACGAUGUUGGAGGCAACCUUGCUCUGACCAUGAUAUCCGCCAACAGGAGUGGUUGAAGAGUUGGACCAGUGAACAUGCACUCAUCGACACGGUUUGCCAUCGGAUGUGGCUUCAUACUGGCAUCAAAUAUCAUCCUUACUUUUGUAGUCGUAGCAUUUUCUUUCAUCACCGGCUUGUGGGGCAUGUAAAUUAAGCGUUCUCGCGUAGGUUGCACUAGUGCUAUUUCUACGAUGCCGUAAUUUAGUUGGUUCAUGACUAUUUCUUCGUAAUCUUUUCUCAGAUCUUCGUCUUGGUUGAUUUCCUUCCAAACGUUGUUGAGUCGCUUUCUGCUUGGCUCCAGGUUAUUAUUUCGCAAGAUAGUUCCUGGUAUCCAUGGUACCUCGACUUCGUAUCUCCCCUCUCUUGUCUUGGUUAUGUUCUCCUGAAAAUCUUGAUAAACAUUUAACUGGUCAUCCUCGCUUCGGUCUUCGACCCCAGGACGUCCAGAUUGUAUAAUCUCUCGUAAUCGCUCGUAUCACUUGUAAACAUGCACUGUUUACUCGAAUGAUUACCGCCAUGAAGGACAUAGCCAAAUGUAGAUCCUUCCAUUAUGGGAUCUCCCAGGUUACCUUUGAAGAGUUCCUCUGUUCGAAUCUUACAAUCGGUCUUGUCACCAAUACGAAGGAUUGUGUGGAUGGGAUACUUCUCUUCUGGAUUCAUAUAAAACCCAUUUAACUUGGACCCCGUCAGCUCGAUCUCCUCCCGGGUAUUGCCAUCAACGACUCAAUCAUAAUUUCUAAAAUGGGCAUUAAUUGCUUGGUCGAAUUUUUGAGUGUAAUAAUCUUUUUUGUCUUAAGGCGCGCAGGUCGCAGGUUGAGUUUCUUGGCAGCCUCAAAAUAAAGUUCCUUCUAAAACCAGUAUCUAAAGAUGCCCAGAUAUUUAACUGGUAUUACUGCUGGAAGAGUCGGCUUGUCUAUUGCUGGAGUAAAUCUGGUUAACACUGGACCCUGUUCCUCAUUUUUAUCUUGGGAACCACUCUUAUCUUGGGUGCACAGACUAAUUGUAUGGUGUUUCGCACCACAGUGAAAGCACCCACGACUACGAGACUUCAUUGCCUCUAUGUCCAGUUGAGGCGCAGUUGAAACACAACUUAUUCUCAACAAAGAACGUCUUCCGUUUCUCCGUAGUAACACAUGAUUUACAUUUGUCACUCCGGUGGUCUGACUUACGAAGCACGCACUGGACACUUCUUCUACCAUCCUUAUCUCCCUUCCGCCGUGUAUACAAGUUUCGUUCUUUGGAGUCUUUUUUGAGACAGUCAUGUAACGAUUAGUUCCGUCUUCCGGUCCGGCUGUAAGUUGUAGGUCACAUUUUCCAGGCUCCACUCUUCCGCGGGUGGAUUUUCUUAAAAAAGAUCUCUAACUGUAUCAAUAUUAUCCACAGAUAGUUUGGUUCUUCGCCUUCCGGACCGGAUUUUGUUUAGGUUAAAAUCAGUUUUCCACUUGAACCGUACCGUAGCGUAGUGUAUUUCUUUGUUUCGUGAGCACUUUAAUCUUUAAUCUGAUACUCCUAAAUCAGCUUACACUAUACUAGAAUGGAACUAAUUACUCUUCAGCACUAGAGUGGAACUAAUUACUUCCAUACAAAAGAAAAUGCUACGAUACGUUACGAUACCGUUGAAGUGGAAAACAGGCUUUAGGCUCGUUCCCGCACUCAAGUAUUUUUGCACGUUUUUCAAAAUUGUGCAUGGGAAGUCAUGUUGAGUGUGGGAACAACAUCACUUCCCAUGUUGACAUAAAAAGAAGAAAGCUUCUCCCAUUACAUUGUCCUGCAAUGUGAUAGCAUGGAGUGCUUCCAUACUUCACAAACAAGGCCAUCAUAUGAAGUUAAUGCGAGAGCAGUCAUUGGCCUCCUGACAUUCAGAGAAAUUUGUCGAGGCCAUAAUACUAUGGUAACAUUCACCAAAUUCAUGAACAUGCCCUCAGGGCAUCACCACAAACCCGCCGGAACUUUACAAAAAUGCUAAACAAAAAGCUGCUGCCUGUUGUGAAACAGUUGGCAAAUGACAGCAUGCUAAACAAUGCCAUGAUUGGUAAAGAGGCUUGUAGAAAUGGCAAAGGAGAAAUGUGGAAUUUCCCUUGAUGGAGCUUGGCAAAGAGGAGGCCAUCUGUCGCACAAUGGUGUUGUUUCUGCCAUCUCAUUAGAUACCAAGAAAUGCCUGAAUGUUGAAAUACUAGCUCAGAUAAAUGUUGGAAAGGAAAACUAGUCACCACUGUAAGAUUAACCAUGCUGGACGUGCCAACAGUAUAUGAUGAAUCACAAAUUAUAUUUUCGCCAACAAAAUAGAGAAACAAUUAAAAAUAGACGAAAACCAAUAGGGCAUCUGAGAAAAAAAGUAUAUAGAUGAGGCUCAAGAGAAGUUAGAUAUUGUGUAUGAAGAGCAGGAGGCUUCUGAAGCUUUAAGAGGCACAUUAGCAGUAAACAAAACGUUUUUUCCAGUUUGACAUGUGUCGGCGAUUUUUGUGACACCGUAAGUUUGUAAUUAUUUAAUGUAGAAGAUUGAUAUUUGGCAUAUUUGGCAUAUAACAUGAUCUAGUGCCUGACACUCUUCAAAUUUCAAUAUUUUUCAUCAAUGAUGAAUUUCACAAAUUGCAUCAUAAAGUACUUGAAAAAUUAAACAUACAGAGCGUCUGGCACUAGUUUAGGCUCUAAGCUUUCUAAAAAUAUAUCAUUGAUUAGAUUUUGAUAAUUGGUUCUUGAGUUAUGACAUUUACGACACUAAGCAAUUGUAGGCUAACUAACGGCCGCUAUAUUGGAUAAUUUGUGAAGAUUUUUUGCAUUGGUCAUUUUCCUUCACCUCGCCCUUUCAAAAAAUGAUAUUUUCCAUUAAUAUUGUAUAUUAAAAUUGAAAAAAGGGUUGAAAGGGGUACGACGACCUUAUUAAUAACAGAUGAUUCCCUUAUACUUUUACCAACAAGUUACCUACUAAUUUGAAAAUGAAUCCGUCAAGCUCAACUGUUAUUGAAAUCCCUUCGUCCAGUGAUAAAAAUCAACAUGCUACUUUGAAUACAAACGCCACUGCAGUUGUAGCAAUUAGCACACACCAAAGAUGCACGCCCGAGUACACAGAAAGGAACUAUUAAUGUGCAUAGAAACAUAAUACCUAAUUCAAGAUUGCAAACACAGCAGCCCUCUAUAAGAAAGAACAAUGCUAAUCAAAUUCCUAAAAGCACUAUUCCUUGCCCUUUCUCUCACGGCGGGACCUGCGCAUUAAGAAACAAAACUGUGAUUUUAAGCACCCACAACAUCUGCAUCCAAAUGAGCCAUCGGAUAACGUGCCUAAAUACAGAAUACGUUGCCCCUUUCUACAACGGCGAGGCUAGCUUUUGCUUGAAAGGAGACCAAUGUGACUUUUCACAUAUUGUGAUAUCCCAAAUAUUCCGUCGAUUCAAAGGCCUGAUAUGAAUUAUCCUAGUCCUUUUUUAUUCCACCAAGAAAGGACAGUAGCCCCAAAUCAAUUAAAAUUCUGCCAGAAAAAUCACUGCUGCUCAAGUAUUUACUGAUUUUACUCUAUCAAAGUUAUCACAGAAAACAAAAAAGCGGCGGUCAAUACAAUACAACGGUAACUCCGAAUAAACUAAGGUCAAUGUCCUAACUGAAUCGAUCGGCGGUCAUUGAUCGGUGACCGGCCGUUUUUGAAGCCCUGCAGAAAUGUUAUUCUUUCACCGUUUUGGGGACAUGAUAACACUUUUGGAGUUGAACUCUUAGAAAUUUACAGUAUAUAAAAUAAUGUAAAAUAAAUUGCUUAUUGUCAAUAUUCUCAACAUUAUUCAUUCGUAUCUUAUAUUUAAUAGACCACUCACAGACCGGUUUCAGAUAAAUUUUACCUCGAUGAACAGACUAGUUUUCAUCUAUUUAUCUUUUCGUCUCCUACUGGAUGGUGUGGAAGAAUUUCUAAUCCUACCAACUGCUUGGUAUUACAUGAAGAAUCUUGGAGAGACAAAUACAUUUCUUGGUUUCACCCUAGCUGCUUAUUCAGCAGGGACGUUGGUUUUUGCACCAUUUAUCGGAUUUCUGGAAGUUAAAUUUCAAGCAUCAAAGACCAUCGUUGUUAUGUGUGGUUUAGUGAAGUUAUUUGGUAAUCUUCUGUACUCGAUACCCGUCAAUGGAUAUUUUCCUUUGUUUGGGAGAUUUAUAAGUGGUAUAGGUGAAGGAACAGUUGGAGUGCUCUAUGGAGCCGUGACAAAGUGUACUACCAACGAAAAUCGUGCAAAAGCAUUUCUAUAUUUCGAAGGUCUCUACUGUAUUGGCGAAGUAUGUGGUCCAACCAUUGGAAGUCUUCUCGUAUUCAAAUUCAAUGUAUUAGGUGAGUAUGUUAAACAAGUAUUGCAUGAGUUUGAGUAGGAUAUGAGGCUUUCGAAGCCGAAGGCUGAGGAAGAGAUCACAACCGAGGCCUUAAUAAUUCCUCAUAUCCUGCGAGAAUCGAAUUCAAUAAUGUUUUAUUAUUUAUUUGUAAAUAUUUCGGACUCACGAAGACGCGAAGCUGCUGAAAAUGGAACAACAAUAAUAUAUUAUGAUGGCCAAACUUCUUUUCUCACAGAUACUCUUCGAAGAUCACUGGAUUUUUUAGUCUUUUUCUUCGAGCAAUUUUUUAAUUUCAGCUUUCACAAGGCGAGCCUUUCCUUUGAGGAAGCCAUUUGUAUUUUCCCGCUUUUGGCAUAUACCGCAUAAAUUAGCGUGACGUCAUAACGUGCUACCGAGCGGAUAUGGCGAUUUCACCUACAGCUCUUAGACUUAGCCAAUCAAGACUCUUGAAUUAUUUUCAAUAAAUAAUAAAGAAACUGGCUAGAGAGAUGGUUUUAUUUGCAUAUGUUUAAAAACAGGAGAGAUUUGCUUACUUUUUUAUGAGUGCAAAAAAAUAACCCUAUUUUUAACUAUAUCUCCAGUACCGGUCCGGUUAGGUAUUAACAAAUCAAUGUCACACGUACAUGAACAUUAAAUUUCCUUGUUGGCUACCUGUAAAUUAUUAACUUCUUAUUAACCGAACGCCAGGUCUGUACAGAGAAAUAUCGGACCGAGGUUUUUUUCGUACUGACCGAGCCCGUAGGGGGAGGUUUGUACAAAAAGACCAAGGUCCGAUAUUUCUCUGUACAUACCGAGCAAGCGAGGUUAAUAAAAAGUUUAUUAUGUGGCAUUUAUAGGCGUUUAUACUUGAAACAAACAAGAAAUGCAUUAUUUGAAAUGCAUAUUUGUAGCGUGAUACAUAUUUGGUCGAAGAAAACAAAAAAUACCAAUGUAUUCCUUCUUUUCCACUAAAAACCAUUCCCAGAUAUCUUAUUAAUAACAAAUUAAAUUAUAAGUUUCAAUUAGUUUUGCUGUUUUGUUUUAAAAUGCAUUCGUUUGUUUUUACGUAACGGAUCGCCGGUCCAUUAUGGGGAAAUAAUGGAUCGCUAAAAGUGCUUCUCAGAAAAUCACAGUCCACCAUUUCACCGGAAGUUAUGCUUGCCACAUAAUAACAAUGAUUAGUAUUUUUGCACAAGUGAAUAUAACAAAUCCUACAAGUUGAUUGGUCAAAUUUUACGUAUUAAGCUGUAAGUGUAUUCACCUACAGGUGAAUAUAACAAAACCGAAAUUUUCAAAAUAGCCGUUUUGUGGAAGUUACUGAUAAAGAAAUAAGCGAAAUUAAAGUAAAUUCAGUCCCAAAAAACACAAAAGACUUGCAUGUGUAAAAAUACUAAAACAAUUAUUCGCCUCAGGCUCGGUGAUUAUCGGGGAAUAUUCACCUCGACUUCGUCUCGGCGAAUCUUCCCGAAUAAUCACCUCGCCGUCGGCGAAUAAUACCAUUAAUUAAUAUCAUUAUAGUCAAUUCACUCGAUUCUGAUUGGUUUAAAUCGUGCCGAUUUAACAUUAAUUAAGCAUGUAGGAAGGGAACGCGACAGCGACGGCAAACAAUUGCAAACUCGUUUGAGCAAUUAUGAUUGCAGAAAGAAAACCUGUCCUCUAUUAUCUAUCGUAUGAAAAUAAUACAAUUUAAGCAUCAAACUUAACACAGAAUUUAUGAUUGAGAAAAAUUCUAGGACACAAUUUAAAAUAGCAGUGCUCCCCAGCUUGAAAUUUUGAGACGUAUCGUGGCAGGAGGGGCAUGCCCAAAUACCCAUUCUGACGGUCUGAAGUCUCCAAAUUUCAAAAAUGUUCUCAAUUUUCCCAAUCACAUUAAACUGUAAGUAAUACUAAAUAUUGUUGACGAAUCAAACACUAACUGAAUUAAUUGCCUGAAGAUCGUCUUGAAUAAGGCGUGAAACUUGAGUAGCAAUAAUUAAUUUUUAAUUAACUCUUGCUCUACUACGGUAUAAUAUUACUGUUAUACUAUAUUUCUACUAUAAUUAUUAUCUACUUGAGGGUUUUUUCUUGUACUUUUAUCUUUCUCAAGGCCAAUAUUUUCCUUUUUUCUGUUUCGGAAAGCUUUUGUACCUUUUGUACUCUCGGAAUUUGGUUUUCCGUACUCUCAGAACUCGCCAUACAGGCCCGUAGCGACGUGUGUGUAUGUGGGGGAGGGGGGGGGGCACACAUCCAUAAUAAGUGCUCAUUGUAAGCAUUUUCAGGUAGACUUCUUGUAGAUUUUGACGAUCAAACAAACUAAAGAUUUCGAGACGUGUCGUGGCAGGGGGGCAUGGCCAAAUACCCAUUCUUACGGUCUGAAGUCUCCAAAUUUCCAAAAUGUUAUCAAUUUUCCUAAUCACAUUAAACUGUAAGUAAUACUAAAUAUUGAACUGUUGGGUAGGAAAGACUCAAAAAAUGCCAUUUCCGACGAUCUUUGUAAAAUCAGGUAAAAACGUUGAGUGGAAAAAUUGAGGUAAAUGUAACCUCCCCCCUCCCCCCAAAGGCAAAGUCUUGCCUACGUCCCUGUUGCCGUAUAUGAGCCAAAAUAUGACCAGUCGUUCGACCAUGCAAUCAGAAUGCAGAAUAACUCGUAUGCGGUGGAGAAUAACUCGUAUGCGGUGGAUGACGGGAUUAUAAUAUAAGUUGUAAUAAGUUGUUUCUUAACAUUUCGCUCUAAUUUUGUCGCUCUCCAAUCUACUAGUUUUAAAAUACUUAAAAUAUCCGGUUGUCUAUUUGUUUUUAGAGUUCCCCAUUACGUAUAUAGCUAUGCAGGGCAUUUUUAAGGGUUUUCGAGCGGAGGUGAUUGCCAAAAAGGUACCUCCCUCGAGCGGAACGAAUUAGGAAUGCCUCUACAUAUUAGUUACACAUAACUUUGUGAUUUACUUUUAUUAGGUUGGGAAGUUAACGCAGGGAAUUCACCGGGGGUAGUUUUGGCAAUCGUUUGGUUAUUAUUGCUUAUUCUGACGAUGUUCCUACCAAGUGAUCUCGCGGAAAGUUAUGAAGCCGAAAACCAUAUUAAUAGUGAUAGUGAAAGUUAUGAAUCUAAAUCUGGAGGCACUAUGAUUGGCUGUCCACAAUCGGUUGUCCUUUGUUUAUAUUACCUUAUUUUCUUAAUGGUUAUUCUAACUACCAUCUCUUCCACUUAUAUUCCGCUAUUGGCAAAGUACCAUCUAGGAUUGGGACUAAGUCACGUGAAAUUACUUUACCUCAAUAGUUCACUAUUUGCCUUCGUUUUUUUCCUCGCUACUUACCUUUUGGUGGAAAGAAUUUCCGAAAAGAAUUGUAUUGUCUUCGGUGCUGUUUCGUCGAUAGUCCCGAUUUUUACAAUAUUUUAUUUUGCUCUGUUCUGGGACAAUGAUAUGCCAGUCAAUGCAGCUUAUCUUUUGCUUGUUUCACUGUUAUUUAUUGGUGCCCAGUUCGUAAAUUUUGCUCUGAUCUCUUCAUUGUUAUCAAAACUAACACCAGCUGAGGGUGCCUCAUUUUAUCAAAGUCUUACAUUUACCAUAGCUCAUACCAGCAUUAUGCUCAGUCGUAUAUUGGCUGGUGCUACAUUUCACAGAAUGCCAAUGAUGUACACCUGUCUUUGUCUCACCAUCUGCUGGUUAUUUGGACUUAUAUGGUUGGGUAUUGAAUAUAAGAACUUGGAAAAAGAUGACAAAUGGAUUGAGUCCAGUGCCUCUGUUAAGGAUUCGUCUGUGGGUGGCAGGAUCAAGGAAAAGGGACCUAAAUGUAAGAAUAAGGAAGUGGACUUAACUGUGGGACCGAACUGUACAACUUAACUGUGAGACCUAGGCGGUGAACUAAAAUAUUUCGAAAUUGUAGGGGUUUUUUUUCUUCCUAGGAGACAACCUUGGUCCAUAACAUUUUCGUAUUUUAAGCCUAUGGGGCUUGAUUUCCUGCAAUUUCAGACAAUGCAUUUUGAUAUAUUUCUUCCGGUCUCUAGUUAAAGGAUUAGUCUAUAAGCAUUCUAUAUCAUAGUCUAUAGUCUAUAGGAAAGUUUAUAAGCAUUCUUGUUUAUCUCGCACCCCCCCCCCUAAAAGCAUACCUUUUGAAAUCAAACCUUUGUUGGAAUUUGAAUGUCUUAUUACUAUGCUGAACUUACGGGUGCGUAAACAGAAUAGGAGUGAUAUUUCUAAUCAUGAUCAGUAAUUUGACAAUUUUUUAUGCAGUUAUGCUCCUUUAUACGAUUAGAAGUUAUUUUCAUUAAAUUCCCAGGAGUAGAAAAUAUUGUACUUAAAGUGCCUAUGAC